AUGACUGUCACCUAUUCCAGUAAAGUUGCCAACGCCACCUUCUUCAGUUUCCACCGGCUGCUGCUGCGCUGGAAGGGAAGCAUCUACAAGCUGCUGUACCGAGAGUUCACCCUGUUUGUUCUGCUCUACACCAUCCUCAGCCUCGUAUACAGGUUCGUCCUCUCUGACAAUCAGAAGAGACUGUUUGAGAAACUUUCCAUGUACUGUGACAAAUAUGCAGAGCAGAUCCCCGUCACCUUCGUCCUGGGUUUUUAUGUGACUCUGGUGGUGAAUCGAUGGUGGAAUCAGUUUGUUAACCUGCCCUGGCCUGACAGACUCAUGUUCCACAUCUCCAGCUGUGUCCAGGGUAAAGAUGAAUAUGGCCGCCUGCUGCGUAGGACGAUGGUGCGUUACGUCAACUUGACCUCGCUCCUCAUCUUCCGCUCCGUCAGCACGGCCGUCUGCAAACGCUUCCCGACCAUGGACCACGUGGUGGAGGCAGGUUUUAUGACUCCAGAGGAGAGGAAGGUGUUUGACAACAUCCGCUCCCCUCACCUGAAGUACUGGAUCCCGGUGGUCUGGUUCUCCAACCUGGCGUCUAAGGCUCGACAGGAGGGACGCAUCCAAGACAGCAUCGACCUGCAGAAUAUUCUCAAUGAGAUGAAUCGGUUCAGGACCUGGUGUGCAACUCUUUUCGGCUACGACUGGGUCGGCAUCCCUCUGGUCUACACACAGGUCGUCACUCUUGCUGUCUACACCUUUUUCUUGGCUUGUCUGAUUGGUCGACAGUUUCUCGACCCCACACAGCGUCAUCAAGGUCACGAGCUGGACCUUUACGUCCCCGUCUUCACCCUGCUGCAGUUCUUCUUCUACGCCGGUUGGCUGAAGGUAGCAGAGCAGCUGAUCAACCCGUUUGGAGAGGACGACGACGACUUUGAAGCAAACUGGAUCAUCGACAGGAACCUUCAGGUGUCUCUGCUGGCUGUGGAUGAGAUGCACAUGAACCUGCCUCAUAUGACCAAAGACAUGUACUGGAACGACUGCGAUGCUCGCCCGCCGUACACACUGGCUGCUGCCGACUACUGCAUCCCCUCAUUCCUUGGCUCCACCACCGACAUGGGACUCUCGGACAUUCUCCAGUUUGAUGACGGUGACAUCAGCGACGGUCGUCCACGGCCACACGACCCCACUCUGCCUCGUCGCCAAGAGUCGGUUCUCGGUCGAGUCCGACGGCUGCUGAGCGUUCAGGAGCCUCCUGACCUCCGACCCCCUCGACCCAUCUUCAAACGGCACAGCAGUGAUGCAACAGGAACUUUCUUCCCAGACUUCAGGUGCAGCAUUGGUCCCCAUGACGUACCUCCUCCCUCCUCCUUGGUCUUACCCCCGUCUUCCAUGGACACCUUGUCCACCUUGAGGGAGGUCAGCAGCAACCCACCAUCGCCUGAGAGCUCACCCUCUGCUGUUUUCCCCCGGCUCAUCGUCAGCCCGCCGUUUUGUGAUGUCCGUCACAAUGGGGAUUCUUCCGGCAACGCUGAAGUGGAAAAACCUCAGAAUGGGCUGGAUCAUUCCCCCACUGAGGACGCAGCAGGCUUGGAAACUCCAAGGGCCGGCUCUUCGGUCUGUUAUUCACCCACUCAACUGGGACCAAAGGAAUUUCGUUGGACGACUGCCCAAAAUCCCCCAUCAACUCGGCCACGAGGGCGGCAGUUCUCCCUUCAGUUCUCCAGACAGUCGUCAAAGGCAUCAGUACGCAGCCUGCCAAGCCCCAAGGCCUUGGGGAGGCGGAGACGAGGCCUGGCUCGAUUCCAAUCCCGAAGAUCACCCGGUCCACCUACUGACACUCUGCAGCUCCCUGACCCUGAGUCUGACCACAACUUCCAGGGAAUGGCAGGGACUGAGGAUAGUGAGGCAGAAGGAACCAACAACAGCGAUGAAGUCAAAGACAACAACUCCCUUUCACAGAGUUCGGAAAAGAAAUGA